AUGGAACAGACGACCACAUACGUUUCAACAUGGCUGGCUCGCACUAGGCAAUCUUGGGAAGACCGUGGGCUGCCGCGAAUUGACGCUCUUUCUUUCGUUCUGGGCGCAGUCGCCGCGCUCAUGCUCUCUUUCCUCGAACCCGUGCUCAAAGCCCUCAUCGGUGGUAUCCUGGUUAGCCUUUUGACGCUGCUGAAAUACGCCAUCUGCACUGGCGGCGUCAUAGCGUGUUGGAUCAUUUUAAAGUCCAAGAAAGGACUCAAUUCUGAGUCUCCUGUCAAGCCAAUUGGCGUUGGCAGCACUCACCAAGAUGAUGCCCGGAACAAAUUCGUACAGCGCGCAGUUGAAAACGCAGACGACUACGAAAUCGUCGAUUACAAAGAUGUCAAAAGACAUCGUUCACCGGCCACACAACCAAUCCAUGUGGAAUCUCCGUACGAAAGAUUCGUGAACCAGGCCCGGUGA